AUGCUCACAUACGGAACUCUAGAGGGUGUCCAGGUCUAUGGCAAGCUGGACUCGACCCCUCUGUACGACUCGCCAACUACACCUCGUGAUAUUUUGACGAAGGAUGCGCUGAAAUUCGUCGCAUUGCUCCACAGAACGUUCAACGGCACCAGAACGAAGCUUCUGGCCAACAGGCAGGAGGUUCAGGCCAAACUCGACAGAGGAGAGUCGUUGACGUUCCUCCCAGAAACGGCCUACAUCCGCAACGACAAAAACUGGAGAUGCAAAGCGCCAGCGCCAGGAAUGGUUGAUCGUCGUGUUGAGAUUACGGGACCUCCAGAACGUAAGAUGAUUGUUAACGCUCUGAAUACUGAUGUUCUCACUUAUAUGACUGACUUCGAGGAUUCGUGCUCGCCUACUUGGGAGAACGUGAUCUAUGGCCAGGUCAACCUGUACGAUGCUCUUCGUGAUCAAAUCGACUUUACCUUAGCUGCUACUGGAAAGUCAUACAAGGUGAACCGUUCAGAGGGUCGUCACAUUCCUACCAUCAUUGUUAGGCCUAGAGGCUGGCAUAUGGUUGACCGCCAUGUUCUGGUUGAUGGAGAAGCUGUUUCUGCCUCGUUGCUGGAUUUCGGACUGUAUUUCUUCCACAACGCCAAAUUUUUGGUUUCACAAGGAUUGGGGCCAUAUUUCUACCUUCCAAAAAUGGAGCAUUGGCUGGAAGCCCGGUUGUGGAACGAUGUCUUCAAUGUUGCCCAGGACUGUAUUGGAAUUCCUCGUGGAACCAUCUCUGCUACUGUUCUUAUUGAAACUUUGCCGAUCUCGUACCAGCUGAACGAGACUUUGUAUGCUCUUCGUGAUCAUUCUGCUGGUCUGAACUGUGGCCGUUGGGACUACAUGUUUUCCACAAUCAAGAGGUUGAGAAACCACAAGGAACACAUUCUGCCUAAUCGUGACCAGGUAACCAUGACGGUUCCCUUCAUGCGCAACUAUGUUCGCCAGUUGAUCGAAGUUUGCCAUGCUCGUGGUGUGCAUGCUAUGGGUGGAAUGGCAGCUACGAUUCCCAUCAAAAAUGACCCAGAAAGAAAUGCUGUCGCUAUGGCUUCGGUGAGGGCAGAUAAGCUUCGUGAGGCUACUGCUGGUCAUGAUGGAACGUGGAUUGCGCACCCAGCUCUGGCUCCAAUUGCGCUGGAUGUCUUCAACGUUGAGAUGCCUACACCUAAUCAAAUUUACAAGAUCCCAGUGCAUGCUGAAGAGGUGAGCGAAUCCGAUCUCGUGGACACGCACAUUGAAGGCGGUAAGAUCACGUCCAAGGGUAUCGAUGCCAACAUCUACAUCGGACUCAACUAUAUGGAGGCCUGGUUGCGUGGAUUUGGAUGUGUUCCGAUCAACAACUUAAUGGAAGAUGCUGCUACAGCUGAAGUUUCGAGACUGCAACUUUACUCGUGGGUUAAACAUGCGGUUGUUCUGGAGGAUUCUGGUAAGACUGUAACUGCAAAAUUGGUUUGUGACGAGAUCGAUGCCCAGGUGGCUAAACUUGGUGAAGGAAAGUCUGGAAACAAGUAUGCGAUUGCUGCUGAGUGUCUAAAGAAAGAGAUCAGUGGAGAAGUUGAGGUUGCAGAAUUUUUGACCACUUUGUUGUACGAUGAUAUCGUUACUCUUGGCUCAGAGGUUGAUCUUGCUACAUUGAAAUGA